CAACCAAAGAAAACUGCUGCGCCUGUGAAAGCAGUUGUAGAUGAGGUAGUGUCAAAGGCAGAAGAAAAACUGGAGGAAGUACCAGUCGUUAAAAAAUUCCGAAAAGCCAGAAAGAGCGAUGAGGAGCAAAAAGAAGAACAACCAACUAAAAAACCAAGAGGAAAGGCUGGACGGAAAGCAUCACAGGUUGAGGAAGUGGAACCUCCAGAAGUGAAAGAAGAAGUCAAACCAGCGGAGUCAACUGAAACAGAAGAAGUGAAGCCUGGCAAAGCAAGGAGAGCAAAAGAAACACCAAAGGAAGUGCCUAAGCGGAAGAAGAAAGUAAGAUUCCAAAUAGAGGAAGAAGAACCACAAGAGGAAGAAGUAAAAGAGGAACCAGAAGAGGAGAAGGAAGAGGAAUUAAAGCAACGUAAAGUGGAAGAAGAAGAGGAACACAGAGAGGAAGAAGAAAAGCAGCAGAAAGAGCAGGAAGAAGCAGAGCAGCAGAAAGAGCAGGAAGAAGCAAAGCAGCAGAAAGAGGAAGAGGAAGCAGAAGAGGAGGAAGAAGAAGAAAUAGUGAAAGAAGAAGUACCAAAAGAGGCCGCUAAAGAGGAACGAGUAGUAAAGGAAAAAACCACUACAGAUGCAUUGGAAGAUAUGAUCGAGCAGAUACAUCAUCAGCAUGAGAUCCAGCAUAAGAAAGAAUACUGCAAAUAUCGCAAAUCAUGCUAUUCUAGUGGAAAGAAACCCAAAAUCGAUUCUUCAGUUGUAGGAAUCAUUUCUUCUUUUGGGGAGCAAUUAGAGAAAGCAUACGAACAGGAAGAGGACGCGAUUUUGCGCACGAGGAACGAGUUGGACAAGAAGCUCAUGUGCAAAUACCGGAAAUCAUGCUACGAAACUGGCAUUCUGCCAGAAAUAAAGAAACCAAUCGUAGUAGACGACGACUCGAUGGCAUUCAAGGUAGGCUUGUCUAAACACCUACAAUGUAAAUAUAGGAAGAGUUGCUAUGAGAAAAACGGUCUGAAGCCCCUUCAUCACGAAGCUGAAGAAGUAGAGGAGAAGCGCAAACCGGAACACGCAAAAAUCGAAGAGGUUAAGGAAACAAUAAGCGAAAUAGCCAGCGAGGGAAAGAGGUCGCCAAAAGUGGACCGUCAACCAGUCGAACAACAAAAACAAGCAGAACCUGGAAAGAAGGAAGAGGAAUGCAAACCAGGAACCGCAUGCUAUAUAUCAGCUGCACCCAAAACCUUGAAAGAGGACCACGCAGGAAGCAUGGCUCGGAUAGGC